CAAUAAUAUCCACAGAAGAAGAAGAGGAGGAGCCCCCACUUUGAAAUGUUGUUGACAGCUGUAUUAAAACGUGAACUUUACCACCUUUAGAGGAGUUUAAGCUCUCUAACCUUUAAAGGUCAGUGAGCUGGAGUGGGUUCAGCCGCUCAGCUUGUAACGUGAGUUUGUUUAAAGUUUCACAUUUAAUCUUGAAUGGCUGUAGCUAGCUGUCUCUAGCUAACAGUGAUGUCCUCGCCGUGGACAGGGCGCCAGGGACAGGUGGGAGACCUGAGACACCAGAGCAAAGAAGAGCUCCAAGAGCUGCUCCAGCGGCAGGAGAAUAUACUCUCUAACAAGAGGUUAUUACAGACUCUUCCUGACAAAGGGAAAAAGAUCAAAGAAUUCGCAGAGAAAGUACGCCUUGCCGUUCAACUCCACGAUGAAGAGGAGAGGAGACGGAGCUUGGUGUCUGCUGUCAGCACAGAGUUACAGUCCAAGUACAAGCAAGCUUUCGCCGUGCAGCAGCGUGCUCACCCGAACACGCAAAGUGAGUGUGCUGCAGGUGAUGCCAUACAGGACCGGGAGAGCUCUCCUGCCUCUGUUAGCAUGCACGAAAAUGACUCUUUGGAAGAGCAACAGGACCAGUUUGUCUCCAGUGUGGCUGCUGGGGAAACCAUGGAGACGGCUGUUGCUGGGGCCUCUCUGAACUCUGCUGAGACAAAAGAGGGUGACCUUGUGGAGGCCUUAGAAAGGGUCAGACUAUCUGAAACUAGUACUGGUUUCAAUGGUGAGUCUAAAGACCCGAUAAAGAGCACAGCAAGAGAAAAUUACUCACUUAAGGAGAUACCAAAAAAGCCUCACUUUGUAACUUUCCUGGAAAACAAAGAGAAGACUUCAGCUCCCAGGAAGCAACAAUUCAAACCAAAUCAACUGCUCCACAGAAGUGACGUAUCUCCAUCAGGAUCCUCUUCACCCAGCCAGUCCUCUGCAGGCUCCUCGCCGCUCUCUACACAGGACAGGAGGCAGCGGGACAGAAAACACCUGGAUGACAUCACUGCAGCCAAACUACCUCCUCUCCACCAUAGUCCGGCACAGCUCCUGUCUCUGGAAGAGUCGGCCACACUCCUGAUGGAACAAACCAAGAAGCAGCAGGAGUUACAGGCCAAGCUGGCCGCCCAGAAACUGUCUGAGGGAUUGAAGAUCUCUAUGGGGAGCUACACUCCUGACGGUGGCCCCAUGGCUGCCUACAGAGAGGUUCACGACGAAGCAGCCCAGCGCUCCUCAGAAGAGGACUGAUCCUGGAAGGCCAGAGCUGGGAAAACCAGAGUUACCUUGGCCCUGAGGGAAACAGGCUUUGGACCCUGCAAUCAGGACCCAUCAAACAGGAUUUUCACUCCAAGGACAAGAAUUCUUAAGAGAGGAAAGAGUCUUAACGGUGUGAAGGCAAAGUUUGUAUCCCAGACUCAGCUCAGGGCAAACUGUUGAGAAAAUAGCUAACCUAAUUGUCAUUCAGUUUGUAUUUGGCCAGUUUUUAAAUCUCUUGCAGAAAUUAUAAUAGCACCUGAUUUCAAAUGGAUUUUUAAGGCUACAUUUUAAGCAUGUUUCAGGAAUGUUUCAUACCAGUAAACUGGAAUUGAUGAUGUAGUGGCUUUUUGAACCUGAGCGUUUUGGACGUUGAGAUCUCUUUUUGUUUAUAAUCCCUCAUAUGCAAUUAAGGCUCAUCAGCUGUUGGAGCAGACUGUUAUGACACAAUAAUGACUUUUUACAACUUUGUAUGGAAAAUAGACACGAGCCUGCAGACAGAUGUCAUUAUGAAAGGCUAUCUCACAGGAUUAAAUAAAUACAGUGGCUUUUCCAAA